ACACCACCCUAGAAUUGAUUCGAAACCGAUUGACGAAACUCUCGACGUCUUUCCUUUCACCCACAUCUGAAGGGGGCCCGGAAAGCCUCUUUCUCUUUCGACAGCCUCGUUUCAAGCCUCUAUCGAUCCCGGUCUACUCUCGAAAUCAUCGACAUGGCACCAUCUGCUAUCUCUGAUCCAAAUGAUCCCGUUCGAACAGCUAAGAAACUCGAGGUUGAGAAGAACAUAAAGAGAAUCAUCAAUAAUAUAUGCAAUCGGUGGGGCUUGGGAUUAGAGCUACCGAAAGAGAACGAAUCUCCUAGUCACCGGCAAGCUCAUCAGAGCAUAGAAGAGAAAUGUGUAUUCAUGAUCAAGGGCAUAUCCUGGAAGGAUAUGCCCAAAAUACUGGAGAUUGCAGGAGAGUUCGAGAAAGCAGCGGAUGGACUCUAUGACAAGUGGGUUCAUAAACCCAGAGCAGACCGGGGUGUGGUGCCUGAUAAAACCAGACAUCGGACACAUCCAGUAACUGCCGAUGAACGUCAAACACUACUUGACUGCCUCCAUAAAAUGUUGCGGGACGUUUGGGAAGAGGUGAAGACGCCUCGGGCAACCCGUUACAUGAAUCCGAACGACUCUGCGGUUCCCUUUUCGUUGACUGGUUCUCUGAAUGGAUCAACCGUUGAAUACCCAGUGUUGAGAACAUCUUCGGGGGAAUCAAAACGAGCAAGGGAUGAGCCGUUCCCCGACAUCACACCUACAAAAAAGGUGAAGCCAGACGUUUUGCAAUCACGCUCGAGCAACAGCAUGCUCCCACCCGCUGCAGACUCGUUCACAGGACGUGGCAGGUCAGUGACACGCGACCCCAAGGGUACGAGAAGCGCAGAUACAAGCUUCGCAUCGAGCAUCUUCGACACCCAAGAUUCUGGUUCGUUUCCGAGCACUCAGGCCACGAUACCUGAUGACAUCGAACCCACGUUGCCUUCAAAAGAGACUCGGCCUUCUUUUAUCAAUCCCCAGCCCGACAAAAUUCAAAGCUCCGACUAUGCUUCCAGUAGUUUCGAAGCUCGCGUUGCUGAUGUUCCAGAGGACGUCAUCAUACUGAAUGACACAGAUGAUGAAUUACUUCUUAUGGAUGAGCCAGAAGCAGAAGAACUCUCUCAGGAUCUUCUCGGGUAUACAAUUGACGAUGAUAAGGCAACUUUGAGUCCCAAGGAGAAUCAGCUGAAACGCUCUCUUCAGAGCGUAUUCCCUAUCCUUCCCGCCACUCUGGAAGAGAAAGCGCCCGUUUGUGUCCUCUACGAGAUUACCCGUGUCUUUUUACAUGCCGAAGUCCCCCUUUCGGAGUUCAAUGCUCCUGUGACCUCAAGUUUGAACGACUAUCAAACUCUAUGGGCGUUCCUAAAGAGCCUUCCGCCUCUCAGAGGCAAAUCGUUUCCGGAGAGGUGUAGCGACGAAAUCUGGGCGUGUGCUUUGAAAGAUUACGAGAAAGGAUUCUACUCUGUUUCAUUCUCUGGAUCUUUGUCAUUCAACACUACGUCACUUGAUCCCAUGUUCCAACUCCGUUUGGAUCCCUUGAAAUUUGAAUACUCCCACCGGCUCGGCCGAAAAUUUGGCCACGACCGCUUUUUAGAAUUGUCUAUACCUCAGCUUACUGGUCGUCAUAUACCAAAAGCGGUGCAACGUCUGGCAGAUAGUCUUGAGGUGGGUCAAUGGAAGUCCAAAGUCUUCGAUUGGCUUGUCGACUCAAGACAUCCAUUGCUUGGACGGAAGUGGCAGCCGUUCUUCACGAAGCCCAAAGAUAGGACUUCAAAACGUCGCGAGGCUACAACUUCCGAAGCUAUAUAUCGUGUAUUCUUCUUCGCUGUCGAUGGAUUCCAAUUCGUAAACAAUACAGCUCUAAUGUCCAAUCCUGAUUAUAGUCUAGGGCAUCCAAGCAUGUCCAUCCGGCGGCUUCUUGACCAUGUCAGGCCCACGCGAGCCAACAUUCAUCAGACCUAUUUAAAGCUGUUCAAUCGUACCACUUUGGCCGUCUCUCGAAACCAGGAGACUGUGAUUCUCGAAAAGAGUCAAAUUCGCUUCAAGGAAGAUAUACGGUGGGGACCCAAAAACGAAGUCAUGAACGACGGUGCAGGCCGCAUCUCCCCGAGUCUAGCUUUGAAAAUCACACAAAAACUAUGCCUUUCCUAUCUGCCUAGCGGAUUUCAAGCACGCCUUGGUGAAGCUAAAGGGUUCUGGCUUGUAGACCACACUGAUACCAAAGGAGAGGACUGGAUCGAGGUUUAUGAGUCGCAGCAGAAAUGGAUCAGAAGCACGGAACCAAAGGGGCCAUCAGAUGAUCGGAGUCAUCGAGCGUUUGAGGUUUUGAGAUAUUCUGGCCCUCUAAAAUCUGCGGAUCUGAAUACACAACUCCUACCAAUUCUUCUAGACAGAGCCAAGGAUCCGAAAGCUAUGAGAGACGCUCUCUCGGACCUGCUCCGUCAAGGACUGGAACAAGAAGUUGCGGAGAUACAAGCCGCCAUGGAGUCGCCAGCAAAUUUCAAGAAGUGGAUUCGGGCAGGAACUUCUGGGACAAACGACAGGCUAAAGCAUGGAGCGGUUCCUUACCGUGCAGGUCUCCCGAUAUCAAAGGAAGAACAGUUAAACGUCAUGCUGGAUGCUGGAUUUGACCCUACGAAGUUGUCGUUCAUGAACAAACUGGCAAGGGAGGUUUUCAAACGUAAAUGUGAUGAUCUGAAAGAGCGCAUGAAUAUCACGGUUGGUCGAUCUACAUAUGCAUAUAUGGUCCCGGAUUUCUGGGGAGUCUUGGAACCUGACGAAGUGUACAUUGAUUUCAGCAGUUUCGUCGACAAUGUUUCGAGCUUCUCCGGCGCCUCUCUCAGUGGUGAGAACGUCUUGGUUGCCCGAAGUCCAGCUCAUUUUGUCAGCGACAUACAAAAGGUCAAGGCUGUCGUUAAAGCUGAGCUCAUGGGACUGAAAGAUGUCAUUGUGUUUCCGACGAAAGGCAAUCCUUCCCUCGCUGAUAAGCUGUCUGGAGGUGACUACGACGGAGAUAUUGCUUGGGUGUGCUGGGAGCCCACCAUUGUCAAGAACUUUGUGACUGCCGAGGUUUGUGAGCCCAUACACCUCGUCGAUGAGGGCCUGUUGUCGAAGGACUCGACGAGAUAUGAAGAUCUUGUGAGAAACGAGUCGAAGGUGACUGCAGUGCCAACAUUUCUCAAGAAGUCUUUCGAGUUCAACAUGCAGUCAAGCAUGCUGGGCAUCUGCACAAACUACAAGGAAGGGGUAUGCUAUACGCAGGGUAAUGUCGACACCGAAGAAGCCCGCUACCUCAGUCAACUUCUUAGCAAUCUUGUCGAUCAAGCAAAGCAAGGAUACCUGUUCGACGAAGACAGCUGGCGGAUAUUCAGGCUGAAAAAAGCGAUCCCAAACCCAAAGCCACUGAAACGAAAGGAUAAGAAUUGGGUCCCAAGAGGACCAUCGUCUGACAUCAUAGAACACCUACUGUGGGUCGCGGACGAUGCUGUCAAUAAGUCGCUGCAGGAUUUCAAGGAGAAGGGGUCUUAUUUCGACGAAGACCUUGUAGCACGCUUUAAACACAUUACCGAGCAGUCUAAGGACGAGCCUGAAUUGAAGGUUCUGCUCAAAGAUCUUGACCAAGAUCUGCUGCAACUGAAGGAUAAAUGGCAGAGCCAUUUCUCACGGGCUCCGAAUGACGACUCAAAGCCCGAAUUCCAGUCUUACCUUGUAGCAAUUUACGAUGAAUACCUCGACAUUCAGCCACAUGCGAAGAACUUGGCCUCGAAACUACUCCUUUGCGAAGACGGCCAAAACCCAGAACUCUCAGAAUGGGAAAAAUUGAAAGCAUCUGCUCUCUUUGCAUCGUAUCGUCGCAGUUAUGUGGGGAACCUCGUUUGGUGGAUGGCUGGCAAGCAACUUUGCUACCUCAAGGCAUCUCGCCGCGGUGCUGGACCUGGAGCUCUUCACGCCGUCACUUCCAGCAUGUACAUCCUCAAUAAGCCGGAUGCCUCAAUGAUUCGACGCUUGCAGAAUGAGGGAUAUGGAGCAGGUCUUGACGAAGAUCUUGCCAGCGUGGUCAACGUUCACGAUUUGGAGGACCGUGAAGAUGAUUGACUGGUCUAGCUGUCCCUUGGUCAUUUAUAGGAAGUAAAAGGAUUCCAGCAACCUAUGUAUCCACAGAGGUUACUGGAAAUCGAGUAUUUUUGUGCAUUCACUUUUGCCAGGC